CGUGCGAGAGGAGAUUAGUCAGUGCUCAGCGGUCAUACGGAGUGGAUGUGUCCAAUCUCGGUUCUAUGAGAAACUUUUUCGGUGCUAAGGCGACGGUCAUGAGGAGGCCUACGUAGGUCCCAAGGCCUAUGUGGUGACAUGAGAUCUCGUCUUUCGAUGUUUUUGGAAAACUAAUGAGGUCUCUUUUAAAGAUCGAAAUUGGCUCCACAGUUCCGUCGUGAUAUCCUUCAUUGGAAAUAACUCUUCCGUAAGGAUAUUAACUCCCAGGAAGGCAUCUCCAAGGGUGGAUGCCACCACUAGAGGACUCUCACUCUUCCUUCUUCACUUCGGAUUAAGACCACCGGCCGUUCUACCGAAGGGCGCAACCCCCUUUAAAGAGGGUAACCACAACCCACAUCACCAGCCAAGAUGGGCACGUACUCCACGGGCAUGUCCGACUACACGGGCGGGGGCGGCGGCUCCUCCUACGACUACCAGGUCGACCAGGACACGACGCUCUCCUCCACCAACCUGAACAACGCCAUCCAGGCCGACAGGAACAUGGCCCUGACGGGAGCGGCGAAGGAGGAGGACGGUUACAACACGACCUCCCUCCUCCUCGCCUCCACGACCGCCUUCCCGGCCAUCAUCAGCGGCAACAGCACCAUGCCCCAGUACCCGUCGGAUAUGCUGAUCGUCACCGCCGUCUGCGCCUUCGUCAUCGCCAUUCUGGGCACUUGCGGCAACCUGCUGACCAUCAUCGCCCUGCCCAUGAGCAAGAAGCUGAGGACGACGGCCACGGCCUUCGUCGUGAACCUGGCGGUGGUGGAGCUGCUCUUCUGCGCCCUCAUCCUGCCGAUGUCGGGGCUGCAGUACAUGCACCUCCAGAGGACGAGGGAGUCCCUCCUCACCGACAACGACUGCGUCUUCUUCACCGUCACUCGCUACACUCUCACGCAGGUCGAGCUGCAGACCAUCUUGGCCAUCGCCCUCACCAGGGCAUUGGCAGUAUCUGUGCCCAAGAUGUACACUUUCCUCAACAAACCUUCAGUAAUCGGAGGAUACAUCACGUUCAUCUGGCUGUAUUCUUUUGUGUUGAGGCUCCCAACAGCCCUUGGGUACCUAGGAAGUUACGGCUUCAACUCGGGCACCAUGGAAUGCGACAUGAGGGGAGGGGACUUCACCUCUCGCAUCGUCAUGAUCGUCGUCGACGCUCUCAUCCCUGUGAUCGUCAUCCUGCUGCUCUAUGUCUUCGUUUUCAUCAUGGUCAUCAGAAGGGCUUGUCUGAGGAGUCGCAAGUUCAGCAAACCUAUUCAGCCUCAACCACAGGUUAACAAAGAAAGCACAUUAAACAAAUACCUUUUUAUCUCUAUUAACCCUCUUGUGUUCGUUUUCUGUUCGUGGUGAAUGUGUCGUGUCGUCAUUUGCCAUGCUUCUCAUGCACUUCCAGUUGAUGUGGGCCUGCCUGGGGUGGGAACUCAAGGUACUCCUCAUGCAAGCUGGUGAGGGCUCCCAUUGGUUAUAUUUUUAAAAAAUUUUCGAAGCGCAGCUAAUGGGACCCAAGGCUUCAUGAGGUAACUUUCUGUUACACAGCUGGUGGCCUCUGUUCUUCUUGUUUGUUAGUUUUCAGCAGCACUUCUCUGCCAGUUGAGUAAGUUGUUCCCGUCUCCAAUUUUUCUGCACCUUUGAAGAACUUUAACAUUAUUGACAAUGACAAGUCCAAAAAAGGCCAGAUGAAGUGUUGCAAACGUCUUUUUCUGCAUGUACAAAUGUACUACAUAAAUGUAUUUUCUUGUUUUAGUUAUUUAAUGGGAGAUACUGCAUGCAACAUUUUGUGCUGUUAUGUAACCCUUGUCCAAUAAUCAAUGUUAUGCAUAAGAAAAAUCACAUUCCGACAACCUCCAAAUGGCACAUCAGAUCUGCAUGGACUUACUCACCAAUAUUAAAACAGAGCCUGCAUUUGCCCUCGAAUUUUCUGCACCAGCAGCAAACAAAAGAGCCAACUUAGCAGUUAUAUGAUCUAAACUGCAGUUCAAUACUUUAAUGACAAAUAUUGAACUUACAAAAAGCCCUCGACUCCAUCAUCCUUUAGCAGUCAGAACUUCACUACUCAAUCUACUGAAGAAUAAAAGAUCCUUAACAACUUGAAUUCUAAAAACUGAGCUUACCUAAACCUCAAAGCUUUGGACACAACUUUGAAAAUGCUGGUCAUACAGCCUCGUUUAAUUCCCAACAAUUCUACAUUACAUAAACUACUCCCACCCAGCGAACUUUAAUUUCUACUAUGACUUAGGUUUGUCAGGGACCCAGUUCUACAAAUUCCCCUCCAAAAUAUCACGGCUCAAACAACCCAAGUACAAUACAUGUGGCACCAAUAAAGCCAAAUUUCGAUUACUGCAAACGAUCUAAAAGCAAAGUUAAAUUUGUCAUCUUUUAAACAAUUUUGCCAUGACGUUGAAAAUGGGUUAUUGAAAUGAAAAUUCUGUCUAAACAUAAAAGUAAAUAUUUACUAUAAGUAAGGAUAAAAUUAUAGAUACCAUCCCAACUAGACCUGCAAAAUACUGUAACAAAAAGUAUAAUAAGUGUAGAUGUAUAUUUUAAGAAAUGACACAUCCCAAAUUAUCAUAAGUAAAUGAACUGCAGGUACUGUACACAUAAAGAUACAUACAAUACAAGUUACAAUACUGACUGAUACCCAGAAUAUAAGAUGACCUAGGGGCAAAGGUACAGAAACUUUGUAAACCACCGAGAUUAAACUGGCAACGUGAAAUAAGGAUUCAACUACCUGCAACCGGAUCAAGUCACAGCCCAAUGGAAAAGUUUAAAGAGAACUUGGAAUAACAUGAAAAGAUUGGAGUUUAACCCUUAAAUUGAGGAAUGAUCUUGAGCUGUAAAUGAUGAAAUAUUUCUGAAUGAAGUGUGUAAACCAGAAGACAAAGAGACUUGAAGAAGAAAUUCGUUUCUAAGGUGAUUAAUCCAGGUAUAUCUGAUGUUGCCAAAAUGCAUGUAAGAAAAAGAGAAUUUUCAAGGCUCUUAUGAAACCAAGGUGAGCUGCCCUUU